UAGGCAACCAGUGGGAACGCCUACUAGCGACACAAAUCUGGGCACUGCGAGUCGCGUGACAUGCAGCCACAGAGUUGCUUGAGCUGUGAACGGGACGUUUAGUUGUGAGAAUGAUGGGCAAACGGCCAGAGAAUAUGAUUCAUCCAUUUGUUUUGUUCUCGUUGUGCUUGCGUCUGGUUGGUGUGUUUGGUGUUGAUACAGAUGAAGUGAAGUCAGUAUCAGUGAUGAAGGGAGAGUCUGUCUCUCUAAACACUGAUGUUACUGAAGCACAGAAAUAUUUGUUCAUACAGUGGAAGUUUGGAAGCACUCGAAUAGCUGAAGUCAACAGACUCACGCAAACCAACUCAACAUAUGAUGCUGAUGAGAGAUUCAGAGACCGACUAAAGCUGGAUCAGACCGGAUCUCUGACCAUCACCAACACCAGAACCACAGACUCUGGACUUUAUAAACUCACAGUUGUCAGCAGAGAAACCAUUUACGUCAGUUACAAUGUUACAGUCUAUGAUGAAGUGAAGUCAGUAUCAGUGACGGAGGGAGAUUCUGUCAUUUUACACACUGAUGUUACUGAAACACAGAAAUAUUUGUUCAUACAAUGGAAGUUUGGAAGCACUCGAAUAGCUGAAGUCAACAGACUCAAGCAAACUAACUCAACAUAUGAUGCUGAUGGGAGAUUCAGAGACAGACUAAAGCUGGAUCAGACUGGAUCUCUGACCAUCACCAACACCAGAACCACAGACUCUGGACUUUAUCAACUAGCAGUUGUCAACAAAGAGACCAUUUACAUCAGUUACAAUGUUACAGUCUAUGCUGUGACAGAUGAAGUGAAGUCAGUAUCAGGGAUGGAAGGAGAUUCUGUCACUCUAAACACUGAUGUUACUGAAACACAGAAAUAUUUGUUCAUACAGUGGAUGUUUGGAAGCACUCGAAUAGCUGAAGUCAACAGACUCACGCAAACCAGCUCUACAUAUGAUGCUGAUGGGAGAUUCAGAGACAGAUUAAAGCUGGAUCAAACCGGAUCUCUGAUCAUCACAAACACCAGAACCACAGACUCUGGACUUUAUAAACUAGCAGUUGUCAACAGAGAAACCAGCUACAUGAAUUAUAAAGUUACAGUCUAUGAAACAUCAUCUAGCUCAAAUUUGUCAUCCAGCUGUGCGGUGAACAGUUCAACCAUAAACAGAAAUGAGGAUGCCAAUGUUACUGAACUCUAUCAGCCGAGUUCAGACCACAUCCACUGUUGUGGUUUCACUGAAGCUGUAAUUCGAUUGGCUCUCUCUGCUCUGGUGGGCGUGGCUGCCAUUGCUGUGCUGGUUUAUGACGUCAGAUCUACAAGAAGUGAGCUGAACAGGACAGAAUAUACCAAAUAUCUGUAUCAGACCCAUGGAAUAAAAUCAGACAUACAGUAUGAACGGAGCAGAAGGUUGAGUUCCAGAUAUAUCCAGAUGUAAAGCAAAACACACAUUAAUGCUCUGCACCUUUACUGUUACUUAAACAGCUGUUUAUUAACAUAUUAUUUUUGCACUCAUUAGCCAUUUAUUGAUUGUAUCUGCACAGAAUAUGACUUUGACCAAUCUAUUAAAUGCAUUGCUGUAAACAUAAUUAAUAUAACAAAAUAAUUCUGAGCAACACAACUGAUGACAUAGAAUGAUCUCAAACGCAUUCUUUUUUGGAGAUGUGAUGGGUUUCAACAGAUUUUUACAUAAAAGAUUUAACCUACUAAUAAAUAUAAAACACGGUUUGUUUUUUCUGGUAGUUUUAUAGAUGUUUAUGAAUCACUUUAUUAUAACACCUUGUUAAAUUCUUCUGCCUGUCAAAAGGUGCAGAUAUAGGCAGGGAAAUGUUUAUUAUGAGAUUUUUUUAUUUAUCUUCUCAGUCUUCAGUCAGACUUCAUCUGACCAUCACAAAUUCCAUAAGUGUUAUUAUACCAAAGCAAAUGUAAUAGAAAAUUACUGCUUCACAACAUUGUCAUAUGACAAUAACAACAGUGAGAAGGAGACAUUGCAUCUCUAUUUGACUUAAGACAACAUUAAUAGAAAAAAACACUUUAGUCUUUACUUUUGUAAGCUGGUGUUAGGUGCUUAACCACACAAGGCAUUUACCAGGAAACAGGUUCGUUUCUCAGUUUUAUAAAAGCAGAAAUAUGUUGUUGAAGUGUAAUGUUGAUGAUGUUACAGUGAUUGGCACUGGUGGGCAUGUCUUAUCUCAUUAAAGUGACAUGGUUUCUUCCUGCUCGUUCACUC